ACUCCGAAACAGAGGGAGGCCGGCGCUAUACAAGUAAGCAGAGAUCUCGUUUACAUCGUACAUAAGUUUGGUGUAGUCUAAGUUUGGUUGUUUCCGAGGACAAAGCAGGAACGAAAGUACGAAACGAAUGGACAAGUUCGGUAAGAGAUUUGAAGGGAAGGUGGCGAUUGUCACGGCUUCAACGCAAGGGAUCGGCUUCGGAAUCGCCGAACGCCUCGGCUUAGAAGGCGCAUCCGUCGUCAUCUCCUCUCGCAAGCAGAAAAAUGUGGAUGAAGCAGUGGAGAAUUUGAGGAGUAAAGGGAUUGAAGCGUUGGGAUUAGUUUGCCAUGUGUCGAAUGCACUGCACAGGAAGAAUUUGAUAGAUAAGACUAUUCAGAGAUAUGGAAGGAUAGAUGUAAUUGUGUCGAAUGCUGCUGCCAACCCGUCUGUAGAACCAAUCUUGAAUACUAAAGAAUCGGUCCUUGACAAGCUAUGGGAGAUCAAUGUGAAAGCCUCUAUACUAUUAUUGCAAGAUGCAGCCCCUCAUCUGCAGAAAGGUUCAUCCGUUAUUUUCAUUUCCUCUAUUGCUGGCUUCAAUCCCCCACCUGCAAUGUCGAUGUAUGGAGUGACCAAAACUGCCCUUUUCGGGCUUACCAAGGCUAUUGCUGCUGAAAUGGCCCCGAACACUCGUGUUAACUGCAUAGCCCCUGGUUUUGUGCCCACAAAUUUUGCGUCUUUCAUAACAAGUAACAAGGAAAUGAGGAAAGCCCUUGAGGAAAAGACACUACUCAACAGGCUAGGAGAGGUGGGAGACAUGGCGGCUGCCGCCGCCUUCUUGGCCUCCGAUGAUGCUGCCUACAUAACCGGCGAAACUCUGGUAGUUGCCGGAGGGCAACCUUCCAGACUCUAAGAUCCAUCUUCUCUACCUUCUUUGAUUCCUGGCAAUCACCCUGCAAGUUCUUAUAUAUAUAUCUCAACAAUCCAAUAAGAAUUCAUGAAUAUGAUGCUAUCAAGCCAUGUUGUGUCUCUUGUGUAGUAUACAACUUAGCUUUUUCAUAAAAUCAGAAAUAAAGCAAAGAUUGUUAUUACAAA